CUUGCGCUGGGAAGCUGACAGCUAAGAAGGGCCGUAACUCUACAGGCAUACGGACUUCGCGGUUUUGACCAUUUUCUAAUGCGAAAAUACAAGUCAUAUUAAGAGCAAUGUAUGUUUGCAACAAUUUACAUACAAAAACAGUUGGAAGUGAUAACACCGCAUAUGGACCUUCACGGGAUACAAGAACUUUAUCUGAGAAUAAUGCAGUUCUGAAUCUGUCAACUACAUGAAAAGCAAGAUAUUAUGCCUCUUCACUUUUAAACAUCUGAGAUAUCUGUUUCUCUACAGUCACACACGUCGAAAAGAGUAACUUUUUAAUCUGAAUCAGCAUGGUUCAGGAAAUUAGGACAUUCAAAGUUUUCUUAUUCGAACUGAAUGUCAGAUAAUUUUCAAAAGAAAAGGUUAACAUGUAAAGUUUGAUCUGAAUCAUGUGGCAUUUUGCACUGAAGGCCAUGCCAUCGCAACAACGAUACUGAAAAUAUGAUAAAGUGCUACUGUUAUGUGAACAUUGUCCUCUACAUCAUCACAGCCUCUCAGACAGCAUGCCGAGCAUGUCCACCACACACAUACCUACAGAAGAACAACAAGUGCUGUCGCGAAGUCUACUGCCAGGAUGAUACGUAUGUGAAGCCUUGCAAUGAGGACAACAGCACAGACAUCUGUGAAGCUUGUCCACAAGGCUAUACCCUGGCAUAUGGAUCUUCAUCGUUCAAUCCCAGGAAAUGCUAUCAAGAACCCGACAAUAUGCCGGCUCAGGAUGAAGUGGUGGCAGUCAGUGCAACAACAUUUGAGUGUAAUCGCACAGUUGGCUUCAUCCGGCACCUAAGUGAAUCCACACCUAAACUUGGGAGGAUAGAUUGCCAGUUAAGGAGCACUGUUUGUGGCCAGGGGAAGGAGCCAUUAGCUGGCGCUGGAUGUCGCAAGUGUCCUUUCGGCUUCUUCAAGGAAGACCACUCGGACUGGGGCAUGUGCCGGGCCUGGAGAAACUGCUCCAUGCUGGGUCUGGUGGAGAGAACAACAGGCAGUGACAUCAGCGACGUCAUCUGCACCGAACUGGCCGAGGCUUCAACUACUGCCGCUCCAUCCCUACCAACAGGACCAUCUACUGGACAAUCAACUGGACGCCCUGAAGGACCAUCAACUGGAGUCCCUAAAGAACCAUCAACUGGACCCCCCACUGGACCCCCUACUGGACCCCCUACUGGACCCCAUACUACUACUGGAGCACCUCCUCCUCAUGUUCGACCCUGGGUUACACCCACAGCAGCUUCUGUACCGUGUGUGUUAGUUGUACUCACUUGUCUCCUUUGUCUGCUUUGGAAAAGGUGUCCGCAACUGAGAAAUUGUAUCUAUAAAGGAAGUGAAAGUCAAGAUGCUGUGGAAAUGGAACCCUUGAGACGAGACGUAGAAACCCCAAAUGGGAGCCUAGGUUCCAGGAGGUACAUUGGAACUGGGCCCCCAUCCAACACUACAGAGGACACAAUGCUAACAGUGAAUACAGCCAGUCAGCCAUCUUCUCGUGUUGAAGGUAGCUUGAUCCCCCCAGGACAGCUAAGUGUCAGGGAUUCAUCCUCACAGCCUCACUACACUAAUGGGUCAAUACUUCCACACCCCAACAACCAGGUUGACUCAGGAACAUCCAGUUCCAACACUUAUCCAAGUGGGGAGUCCUCCCAAACUGGUCUGAAAGAGGUUUCCGAGCCCACAGUGCAUAUUCCAGAGAAGAAAGAUGUGGAGCCAACGGUGGAUGAAACUAGCCCUAAACUAACAGGUGCUCAGUAUGGUGGCGAUGACCUUGGGGCGGAUGCUGACAAGCAGACUGUCCGGAAGUUGCCAUUCAAUAAUGAAAGUUCACAAAAAAGGUGGAACGGUGUAGCUGUCCAUCCAAGACCAGCUCUGAGAUUGAACACGAAAUCCACUGACAGCACUGACAAGAAGAAGCCUGUGGGCGUCGUGUCACCCAUGAUAACACCAGAUCCACAGCCUCCUCUAUUUUCGCGGAUGCCUGGUGAAAACAGCGACAAUAGCAGCUCCAAUGUCAGUAACUUUGCUAGCUCCAGCGGACACUCCAGGCCAAGCCAACCCCCAUUUGCUCGUGGAAACAGUUCCGAGAGGCCAACUCAACAGGCAGUGGUUUCUCCACUUUUUAAUGUGCAGCCAGGUCGGGCAGUGGCUUGGACCGCUCCUGCAGCUCAGCGGCACAGAGAAGCAGCAGAGGAGGCUGGUGUACAGGGAACGCCAGACUUACGCCAGCCACACUUCCCAACACUGAGUUCUGAUGAACACCAAACAUAGUGGAGGUUGGGCCAUUUUAUUACAGGAUUACAAAUGUAUUGGAGAUGAGUGCAUGUACUGUCCACGAAAGUGAGCUGUCAGAAGUGGACGCUAAACACCUGAAUGACUGACUAUGGUUCUAGGUGAAUGGUGUGAUCUUAUUUUCAUCUUAAGAUGGUAUUUUUGUCUUAGGAAAUCGGCAAUAUUUUCAGGGCAAUAAGCUAUACAGUGGUUAUGAAUUUGAAGCGUCACAGGAAUUCAACAUGGCCACUGUACACACAGGAAUUCAACAUGGCCACUGAAUCACUUGGACUUACGUGACCAUUAAAUUCAAGAAAACCAUGGGUGUUCAAGCUGGAAAGUUGAGAUGAGAUUUGUGAAAUGCACCCAUCAUUAAUGUGAUGACAUAUAUCAUUGCUGUAUCCAUAAUCAUAAGUGUCUGACUGAACAGUGUUGUCAUCUCUCAUCAAGAUAAAAUCUUGCAUCUAAACAUUAUGUGUAGCAAUUCCUACCCAAUGUGUUCACUGGUCAGUAUGGAGGGGUUGUCAGUUUGUUUGUUUAUCUUUGUGUGUUGUUUUCUCACCUUCUGUGUUUGACACACACUGUUAUUUAUAAUUUUAUAUUGGCUGUGUGUGUAUGUGUGUGUGGUCACACAGGAAGGUCAGUAGGACCACGACAUACAGUCGUCAUACAAACUCACCAGGUGUUUAACACAGUAAUAUAAGGGUAACGCUAUUUUUCAGGGCAUUAUCAUUUGCAGAAGCCCGAGAUCAUCCAUUAACUGCCCGACGAAGGAGGGCAGUUG